CGCUUUCAGUUUGCAUUUCAAAGCCGCCAGAGUAACAAGUAUCUUGCAGUUAUCCAUUCAGUUGGGCGCCUAUAAAAAACAAGCCUCCAUCAAAUUUUGUUUAAAACUAGUGAAAAGGUCUAUUCACGAAUAAAAACAUGGAGUCCCCGAACAGCGACCUCUACACCCUGGAGGCCAACCUGGCGAGUCAAGCGCUCCGGGAACUGACAGAUGGCGAGGACAAGGACCCCAUCACCAAGCUGCGAUUGCUGUGCCUCAGCCGCGGAGCAACAGGCAUUCUGGGGCUGGGCAGGGCCUUCCGGGCGAUGGACGACGAUGGUAGCAAGGCUCUAAACGAGGUGGAGUUCAUCACCGGCAUUAGGGACACCGGAUUGGAUGUAUCAGAGGAGGAGAUCAAGCAGAUGUUUGCCACAUUCGAUGAGGAUGGUAGUGGAUCGAUCAACAUGACCGAGUUCCUUCUUAAAUUAAGGCCCCCCAUGCCGCAGAGCAGAUUGAAUAUUAUUGACCAGGCCUUUAACAAAAUGGAUCGCGAUGAUGAUGGAGUAAUUACCAUUCAAGAUCUUAAGAAUGUGUAUUCUGUAAAAGAACAUCCCAAGUAUCAGACCGGAGAGAAGUCCGAGGAUGAAAUUCUUACCGACUUUUUGCACAAUUUUGAGGGAGGUCGAGGUAACCUGGAUGGAAAGAUAACACGUGAGGAGUUUGUCAACUACUAUGCCACCAUUAGUGCCUCAAUUGACAAUGAUAUGUACUUCGAUCUGAUGAUGCGACGGGCCUACGUCAUGUAAAUAAUGCACAAAUCUCACCAAAACUCCAGCACUCGACUGUAAUCUCAAUCACUUUACUUGCCUAGAAUUUAGUCCCGCUCAUGUCCUAUUUAUACACCAUUGAGAAAAUAAAUAAAACGUCUGGUUGCAAUUAAAUAAAUCUCAAUGUGAACUCCAUGUGGGCAAAGUUCCAAUUGCAAAGAAAUAAAGUAUAUCUGCUCAUAAUUCGAAUUUGAAA